AUGGCCAGCACUUUUCUCAGAUCCCUCUUCGCUCCGGCGAUGAGGCCAGCGACCUUCCCUCGCGCCGCAUCCCUCCUCGCACCGAAGACCACGCCCCUGAUCCGCCCUUUCUCCUCGACACCCAUCCAGAAUGCCACCAUCGGCCAAGUGCUACGGGGCUGCCACAAGAAGGGCAAGCGCGCCCGCCACACCAUCUCCCCCGCCCUGUCCGAGAUGAACGCCCCCGCCAUGAAGGGCGUCUGCCUCCGUGUCGGUAUCGUCCGCCCGAAGAAGCCCAACUCUGGCCAGCGCAAGACUGCUCGUGUCCGCCUCUCCAACGGUCGCCACAUCACCGCCUACAUCCCCGGAGAGGGCCACAACAUCCAGCAGCACAGUGUCGUUCUCGUCCGCGGCGGCCGCAGUCAAGAUUGUCCCGGUGUGCGAUACCACCUGGUCCGCGGCGCUCUCGAUCUCGGCGGUGUUGGUAGCCGUACCACUUCUCGCUCCAAGUACGGAACCAUGAAGCCCAAGAAGGCUACCGUCAGUUAG